UCACUGACACGCGUGUUCCGAACAGCCCGAAAAUUCAGUCGUUCCAUCGGAAGUCCAUCGGUUCCCCGGUUUCCUUCCAGCGCCCGUAGAGAUAAUCUUCGCGAGUUUCCAGCUUCCCAGCAGCCGCAGGAGCAGCAGAAAGGUUGCCGAGUAAGCAUUUAGAAGGCGUUAUUAGCAAGGAACAAAAGAAAUGACGACCGGAGCCAAGACCGAAUCGUCCUCGGACUGCGAGGUACCGGACUUCCUCGAUUCUCCCGGCUAUCUGGAUGCCAUGUCGCGCCGGUACAUGAUGAAGCAGUUCAUCGCCGGGCUGCCAGAGGCGGCACAGAAACGCGUGAACGCACUGAAGCACCUGCAGGUUGAGUUCACCAAGUUGGAGGCAAAGUUCUUCGAGGAGGUGUACCAGCUGGAGUGCAAAUAUCAGCAGCUGUACCAGCCCAUCGUUGACCGACGGAAGGAUAUCGUGAUCGGUACGGCUGAGCCGACCGAGACGGAGGCGGUCUGGGUGGAUCCGCCACGCAAGAACCAGGACGGCGAGGAGGAGGAGGAAGAGGAGGAAGAUGACGAGAUCAAUGAGAAGCUGAAGAAAAUGGCGCUCAACUAUCACAAGGACCUGCCGGCGAACGGACAGGGUAUUCCCAACUUCUGGCUGAUGGUGUUCAAGAACACGGAAGCGAUGGCCGAGCUGAUUCACCCGCAUGACGAGCCGGUCCUGGAGCAUCUGCGCAAUCUGAACAUCCUGUACGAGAAGGAUCCGAUGUCGUACGUGAUCGAGUUCCACUUCGACACGAACCCGUACUUCAAGGACACGGUGCUGACGAAACGGUACUUCCUGCGCUGCAACCUCGACACCGAGGAUCCGUUCAGCUUCGAGGGUCCGGAGAUCUACAAAUGCACCGGCUGCCCGAUUAACUGGAAUCCGGGAAAGAACGUCACGGUGAAGACGGUGAAGAAGCAGCAGAAGCACAAGCAGCGUGGCGCCACCCGCAUGAUCACCAAGACGGAACCGACCGAGUCGUUCUUCAACUUCUUCUCACCGCCGCGCGUCCAGGAGGACGAACCCGUCGACCCGGAGACGCAGUUCGUGAUCGGGCGUGACUUCGAGGUGGGCCACUUCCUGCGUGCUCGUAUCAUCCCGAAGGCCGUUCUGUACUACCUCGGCGAGGUGCAGGACGACGACGACGAUGACGACGACGAGGAGGAAGAGGAAGAGGACGAGGAGAUGGACGACGAGGAGGGUGAGGAGGAGGCCGAGGAAGAGGAGGAGGAAGAGGCGGGUGGUAACAAUGCGUUGGUGCCGGUAGGCGCGCCGGCGGCCAACAACCGACCGAAGCAGACGAAACGACGUGGAGGAGGCGGCGGUGGCAAGAAGAAGGACGCCGCGAAUCCGGCCGAAUGCCAGCAGCAGUGAGCAGCAGCAGCAGCAGAAGAAGGAAGUGACGCCGCUGGUGGAACCGCACAGCUUCGUUGUCAUCACCAUCAUCACCACCACCAUCAUCGUCAUCGUCUCCGUCGGUAACAUCCGGUCAAUUUUUACAUUACUUUUAGCCGCAACACUCCCCGACGUUGUCGUUUCAUCUUUACGCGAGAGAAACGGCCGACAUCAGGGGAGUAAAAUCUUCUUGUUAGUUAUACUGACACUGUAAACUCAGAAAACGGAAAGGAGAGAAAAACGAGGAGGGAAUAAACAAAAAAAAAGGAAAAUCAGAGAAAGCAAGUGAGCGCAUAUUCUUACUUCAUCCGUUCGAAUUAUUUUUCCGACCUCUUAGUAAUCAUUUCCCAAACACACACUUUCGCUUCAACCAAUAUCUCCGUGUGUAUUGUAUUAGCUUAUUAAGUUUUCCUUAUUUCAUUUACACCACAUAAAUACACGCACUAGAAUUCUCCCGUCGUGAAGGCAGGCAUAUCGCAAACGGACGCGAAAUGAACGGAAAUCGGGGAUAGGAAAAACAGAAGUAGCGAAAGAACACCAGUAAACCAGUUAAGGCCAGUAAAACUGCCCGCGCCAGACUAAAUAGGAAAGAGAAAGGAAUGACUUCGGAGAAACAAAGUAAUUGCUUAUCAGGAAUUGUAACCGUACGCUAGAGUUCGAUCCGUAAUAAUUUCUAACGGGAGCGAAAACAAAAUCCUGCAUAAUCCACUCUUUUUGCGCAUUUCCAACGAGUAGGGGAAACGACUAAUCUUUACACUAAUAAAACCUUGUAUUUAUGUUAAUGGAAACAAA